AUGGAAUCUAGCUUCAAUCGUUUAAAUAAUAUGAAUAGAGAAGAAACAGAGCUACAAAAUUUUAGUAAUAUACACAAUGAACAGACUGCAGAAUCAUCAAAUGAUAAUGCUAUUACAAUAAAUAACGGUGAUAAUAUGUUGAAUCAUGAGAACCAAGAACAGAAUGAGACGAAUAUGCCUAACAAUGAAAACACUAAUGCAAAUAAUAAUAAUAAUAGUAAUAAUAAUAAUAGCUUAUCCAGUCGUUUAAUACCUGAAAAUUUUCGAAAUAUUGCUACAAGACAGAUGGAUAACAUUGGAAGAAGAUUUAAUAUUUUAGAUAGAGUCUUCCGUACAAAUAACGAUACAAGUAAUAGUAAUGGGUUAGUUGGUGCUGGAACAGUCUUCGAUGGUGUUUUUAGCAACUUAACUGCUAAGCCAGAUAAUAAUAGGACAAAUCAGGGAGAUGAGACGCGGAAUGAUAGACCUCCAACUUAUGAUGAAGCGGCUGCUGAUUUGGUCCCAUCAUAUUAUGGUCUUGACCUGGCUAAUUCUGAGAUGUAUGAUGAAUUAUGUAUUGAGGGUUUGCCCGUAGGGAAUAUGGCUAAUUUGGUAUGGAAUAUUAUUGUUAGCACGUGUUUUCAAUUUAUUGGAUUUUUGAUUACAUAUAUGUUACACACAUCUCAUGCUGCAAAACAAGGAUCUAGAUUUGGGUUAGGAUUAACGUUUUUAAGCUAUGGUUAUUCUAUGAUACCAAAUGAUGUUGUAUCUAAAGUGGGGAAACAUAAGAGUUUGCAUAGGAUUGAACCUGCAGAUCCAAAUAAUUAUGAAGAUUUAAGUCUAAACCAAAACCAAUUACCACAAGAUGAAUUUGAAUCCCAAUUAAGUCAUGGAAUAGAAGACGAAAAACAAAGUGUACCAUUUUUAGCUGUUGCUAUUGGCCUCUUAGGAUUUUUUAUAUUGUUGAAAAGUAUUAUUGAUUUUAUUAAGAUUAAGAGGAAAGAACGUAGAUAUUUAGCACAGACUGAAACUACGUUACCUUAA